AUGUGGCGAGUGGUAGCAGUGUUGCUCUUACUUCUAGUCCAGACUAGUCACGCUGGUUGUCUUCCUUCUUCGUGUGGAAAAAUCAGCUACAUCAGCUAUCCAUUUCGAUUAAAAGGCGACCCAGAAAAGUGUGGGGACGAAAGGUAUGAGCUUGGUUGUGAGAAUAAUGUUACGCUGUUGUAUCUGUACUCUGCAAAAUAUCAUGUGGAGGCAAUAAACUACAAGAACUACACAGUGAGAGUGGUUGAUCCUGCACUUCAACUUCAUAACUGCUCCUCUCUUCCUCUCCGCUCCAUCUCUCGCUCCAAUUUCUCUCAUACUUACUCUAAAUCUUACACUUACACUUACUCGUCGGAUCCAUACCAAGCCGGUCUAAGAGCACAUAGUAAAUGGGAAUCUCUGAGUUUCGAGCAUAUAGUGUUUCUGAGUUGUAACCAUUCGGUGAGAGAGAAUGGGAAGUAUGUGGGGAGUGGUGAGUGCGUGAAGUGGGACUCAAAAGGCUAUGCAUAUGCUGUUGUUGGUGACCUAAAAGCAGAGGACUUGGAAGUUGGGUGUGACGUAAAGCUUGUUGCUCCAACAUCUUUGUGGAGUUUCAAUAAUCAUUCCUACGCUUCCAUGCACAGGGCAUUGGCUUAUGGAUUUGAGAUUUCAUGCCAGAAUCUUGCUUGCAAUACAGAUCGAGAAGUCAGUGGAAUACUUGGUGUGCUGGAAUCCUAUGUAUCGAACCUGGACGAGUUUGUAAGAGAUGUUGUCUUGCUCGCCUCUGCUUACAAACUUUUGUUUGGACUACCAUUCUUAAUUGUGAUUUUGAUAUGUAAAUGGAGGAAAAGACAUGCAUCAAUGUAUGAAAAUAUUGAAAAUUACCUUCAACAAAAUAAUAUGGCACCUAUUAGAUACUCAUAUAAGGAAAUCAAGAAGAUAGCAGGAGGUUUCAAAGAAAAGUUAGGUCAAGGAGGAUUUGGUUCCGUCUUUAAGGCAAAGUUAUUUAGUGGACCUUUUGUGGCAAUCAAAAUGUUAGGUAAAUCAAAAGGAAAUGGACAAGAUUUUAUCAACGAAGUUGCAACUAUUGGAAGAAUACAUCAUCAAAAUGUGGUAAGAUUAAUUGGAUUUUGUGUUCAUGGCUCAAAACGUGCUCUUGUAUAUGAAUUCAUGCCAAAUGGAUCUCUUGAUAAAUUUAUUUUUUCAAAAGAUAGUGCACCUUUAAGCUGUGAAAAAAUGUAUAAUAUAUCAAUUGGAGUGGCUCGCGGGAUUGCUUAUCUCCACCAUGGAUGUGAGAUGCAAAUUUUGCAUUUUGACAUCAAACCCCAUAACAUCUUACUAGAUGAAAACUUCAUCCCAAAGGUUUCAGACUUUGGAUUGGCAAAGUUAUAUCCAAUAGAUAAUAGCAUUGUCACAAUGACUGCAGCAAGAGGAACCAUUGGAUAUAUGGCUCCAGAAUUGUUUUAUAAUAAUAUUGGAGGAAUAUCCCAUAAGGCUGAUGUUUAUAGCUUUGGAAUGCUUUUGAUGGAGAUUACUAGUAAGAGGAAGAAUCUAAAUCCCCAUGCAGACCGCUCAAGUCAACUUUACUUUCCCCUUUGGAUCUACGAUCACAUUAGGGAAGAGGAAGAUGUAGAUAUUGAAGAUGUGACAGAAGAGGAAAAGAAAAUAGCAAAGAAGAUGAUUAUAGUGGCUCUAUGGUGUAUACAAUUGAAACCAAAUGAUCGUCCGUCAAUGAAUAAAGUAGUAGAAAUGCUUGAAGGAGACAUUAAAGACUUAAAAAUAUCUCCAAAGCCUGCUUUAUUUCCGGACGAAAUGAUUGUAGAGGAUCAAACAAUCAACUCUAUCCAAACAAUUCGAGUAAAUUCAUUUAGUAGUGAUUAAAUUGUGUACGAAAAAAAAUAGAAAUAAGAUUAUUU